GUUCCCGCCGUAAGCGGCCAUGUUUUCAACUUACAUAUUUUCUAGUGAGUUUGAUAAACAGUUUUGUAAGUCCCUCACGUUGAACAACCAAAACUAGGACAGCGAAGAAAUGGAGAGGAAUUCUAGGAAUGGUUUACCUACUUGUAGCGUUGCUUUACUUGUGCUUCUACUGCAUGUCUUGGAUUCUUCAUCUCUUCCUUCUGAAGUCUGUUCUUGGACAGUAGAUGUUGUCAAUGCACAGAAUUUUAGCAGGAUAGAAACUAAGAUUUUACCAGGGAAAAAAUACUUUCUUCGACUGCAAGUCAACUGUGACUCUAAGCUUGAUGCCGAAGUUGGGCGGUCUUUAGCGUUGACAGGGCUGAUGCCCAAGGUGCAUGUUCUCACAAGGCGGCUCCUGGCCUCCAGUACAGGGUACAGGCAAGAUACAUACAGCCACACCCUUAAGACGUCACUUGUUGACAUGGGACAACAUCAGGACUGUGGUUGCUAUGGAUACAGUGACACAUGCCUGUGUGGUAAUGUCCACCCGUCCUGCUCGGAUGCCGAUGGUACCUCCUCUUCCUGUUGUCCCCCCCUGACCUGUGAGCCUGACAUGAUGUGCAACCCUGCCUGGCUAGUACCCCUACCCUCCCCCUCUGGGGCACUUAGCAUGCUGGUGGAACAAAUUGAGACAGGCGUCGGGAUACACAUCCAGACACAGAGGCAGGUAUUGAAAUUUGAUGGCUUCCAUGCUAUGAAUGGAAGCUCUGUUGUGAAUGCCAUUGGUCUUGAAUCACUCCCGGAACUCCCAGCUGAGAUACCCAUGCAAGCCAUAGGAGCCAUCCCUAACCUUGCCCCAGUAGCUGUGCUUGGUGGGAUCGGCGAAACAGAUUUACUUCUUUACUCAAGCUCUGAGUUUGCAAAGAUAGCAGUUUUACAGUUCCAGGGAUUCUUGCCUAGUUCACCUGUCUGCAGUCAGUACUCCAGCCCAAGGAUUGUCAAAGGAGCUCUUAGCUUACUGGAUAGGAUAGUUAUCAACACACCGACUGGACUAAUUGAGGUCAUCGGAGAUUUUAGCGGGAUCCCAGACCACCCAGGAGCCUCACGGAUGGCGUUACCUAGAUGUAUCAGGCAAAUAAAAUGCCCGUCAGAAGCAGCAGCACAGUUCCCAUCAAUCCUAGCAAUCGGAGAGCGUCCUCACCACCAAAAGAUAUAUUUGGGCUACCUGUGGCCAGACAAGCCACUUAUGAUGACUGAACUGCUAGAUGUCAACAGCAAGGAUGUCUGCCAAUUUGUAAGGGAGCUUUCACAUCAACAAGACAGCGAAUGCAACGUUGUGUCUGGAAGCACCGUUCCUGGUAUGAAUGGUACCGUGGUACUGUUGGUGGCCUUGUCUGGACAAAAGACCAUGUCGAAUCACCUCCUACGCUACACAGAGACAGAAAGUUCACGGGAGUGGGAGCUGCUAUAUAACUUCCCUCCGAACAUCGAAACACAUCACGAUGACAACUCUUUGGAAUGGUUGCCAAGCCAUUCUCAUGCAACACAGCCUAUUGAGAUCGCGGGUCCCCUAGUGAUCUCCGAGGUGCAAUACCCUGCAGUGGUGCGUGAUACCAUCUUCGUCACUGGCAAUGCAUUGCUUGUUAGUCAAGACGGUGGUAGGCGGUUUCAAAGAUUGACGUCAUUUCCGUGUGACAGCAAUAUCACUGCAUUUACGUCAUCACUGACAGAUGGGACCUACUCCUUCUUUACAGACACCAACCAGCUGUGGGUGGGAAUGGUCGGUUCUUCACGUGUUGUUCGUCUGGAGCCCAACCCUGACCUCUGGCCUGUCCGACCGUUGACCUUACCAGGGGACUCGGCCAACUGGACGGUAUUGGCCCUGUUCUAUGACAGCACCUCAAGGCUACAGCAAAUCGUGUUGAGCGGCUCGUGUGUCGCCCGCGUUUCCAUUCCAGUUGAAGACCUCACAGAGUUCCUCAUCUAUCAAAAACAUCGACUUGACCAUCUGGACUCGAACAGACUGCGGCGGAACUACGACAAGACUUGCCCCGGUACCCAUGUGUCAGCCAUUCAUCCUCCUUCUCAGCCCGUGAACGUCGUCCCAAGGCAGUGUCCAUUCGCUCGUGUAGAGAUUAAGGCACCUGGGGGACCACGAAACACUCGCAGCCUAAACUAUCAACUGGCCCCCCCUCUACUUUUAGACAAAAGGCUGAUAUAUACUCAGGAGGAGAAUAUGGCGUACCACGCUGAUUUGGAGGGCUCUUUCAAGUCAAGUCCAGUGGAUACCGAGACGAUAGCGAAAUCUCAUAGCAGUACGUUACCAAGUGAGAUAUCCUUGGGACGAGGGGAUGCUUAUACCUUCGAGAUCUUCCUCUAUCUGGACAAUGACCAGUCAAAUGAUAACUCUGCACAUUCAUGGACAGUGGAACAGCUGCAGAUCUCCUUACAUCUGUCCAACGCGUCGCUAAUCAACAUCACAUCGUCAAGAACAGAACUAAACACAUACAACGCCGUGCGAUUCGAGGUAACACUUCAGGAGCGUAGGUUAGUGCUGCCUCAAUACCCUCCUGGAGAAAUGCUCUUGCCGACCGUCCUGCACGUCCAGGCGUGGAAUUCUGCUUUUGCGUGUACCAGACACAAGCGAGACAGUGAAAUGGAGUUUAGGGGUUCCUACAUUACGACUGUGUACUUGGGAUGUCCUGCUAACCGGGUGGUGCGGUUUGACGGCAAGGCUUCAAGACAAUCGACAGACAAAGAUCACUUUUGUGCUGGCGACGAGUGCUUCCUUUAUGAAAUAGCAUUUCAGCCGGUUUUCCAGCUAUUAGACGUAUCUACCAAUCGGGUCUUCCCGUACCUUGGUCACUACACGCUCAAGGUGAUAGGAGGAGGGCUUGAGCACGACUCCAUACGGGACUACACGAACGCGGAAGUCGAGCGGUACAACUUCAGAACAUCGGGAUCGGCGGCUGACCUGGUUUGGGCGGCGCAAGAGAAAACGCUUGCUGUGGUCCCUGUGUUCAACCAGACUACGAAUGGGAUACGAUGGCUGUGCGGCAGUGGUAGUCCUUGCGGUAACGUCAGGCCAAAGUUUAUGGGCAAUGCCGAGUUCUACUUCAAGCUGGAAUUCUCCAACAGGGGCAUCGAGUUGGAUUCCACUAACUGUGACUACACACUACGUUUUGUCAUAAGAAUCCACGGGCUUCCACCGGGCUCAAUCAACCCCUCCUGUAUCAUCGUAGGGUCUUGUUUCGGCAUCAUGGUGGUAGUUAUCCUGGUGCUUUUCGCGUUCAAGCGCAAGGACCACCAGCUGUGGCGUGUCUUGCAGUACCUUGCUAACCGCAUGUGGGACGCAUGUAGGGGCGCGGCCUGCGGGACACAGGGCGGCCUGGAUGACAUGGAAAUGAGGGAUGUUGAGGGAGAAGCGGUCACACUCACCGACACUACUGACAAAUACAAUGCUGCAGUUGGGAUCGCUUGGGAAAAGACGAGCCUUCGUUCCAGACGUACAGCAGAUCCUGUGGAGGCGCAUGCAUAGUACACAAAAUGAAGCUCUUGCACGGUAUUAACAAUUAUAUGCCGUCGGCGAAGUGGAUACAAGUGGAUAUCCUAACUAUUUUUAACCAAUAUCCAGAUUCAGAGGUGAAUAACUGUUCAAGUACAUGAAAUAUCUACCAGAGUAUACGCACAUGAAAUAUCUACCAGAGUACACGCACAUGAAAUAUCUACCAGAGUACACGCACAUGAAGUAUCGACCAGAGUACACGCACAUGAAAUAUCUACCAGAGUACACGCACAUGAAAUAUCGACCAGAGAGUACACGCACAUGAAAUAUCUACCAGAGUACACGCACAUGAAAUAUCUACCAGAGUACACGCACAUGAAAUAUCGACUAGAGUACACGCACAGGAAAUAUCGACUAGAGUACACGCACAUGAAAUAUCGACCAGAGUACACGCACAUGAAAUAUCGACCAGAGUACACGCACAUGAAAUAUCGACCAGAGAGUACACGCACAUGAAAUAUCGACCAGAGUACACGCACAUGAAGUAUCGACCAGAGUACACGCACAUGAAAUAUCGACCAGAGUACACGCACAUGAAAUAUCGACCAGAGAGAACACGCACAUGAAAUAUUCAAAUAUUAGUUGGAGUUUAGUGAUUUACACAACAAAUCGGAUCUGAUUUUUUAUUAUUUUAUUUUAUUUUAUUUUUAGUUUUACUCUCUUACAUUUUGUCCUGGGGUAGAAAUUGUUUCUUGUAUUCAGAAAUGUGUUUGUAAGUUUGGUGAUUUUAGUGACUACUAACCUUAUAAGCUAUCAUAAUACAUUUAGUAUCCUCACUUCCCUAUAUUACUACAAAGAACUUGUCAAUCCUAACAAAUGCUCAGUAUUACUUAUAGAUUGUAAAUUUUCAGCUGAAAAUAAAAAAAGAACAAUUUUA